AACAUCAGUCGCAAGUGUUUUUUUUGUUCGCCCUAAAAUUCAAAUCAAAUCAAAUUUCUCUAGCAAAGUGAUGACACUUUUUGACGCUGCUACAGACAUAAAUACAACACAAUAUUAAACAAUAUAAAAACGAACACACAGCAGCCGGAGCGUUUCCACACAGAAAGGAAGAAUAAACGAAGGCCAAACGGAUAAUUGGAGAUUGGAUGAUAAGGCAGGCGUGCCGCUGCCAGGUCCAGGGAAAAGUGUGCUCUUCUCCGUCCCAACGAUGUCCACCGCCUUUCUGACGCUGUUCGCCGUCAUCGUGUGCAUACUAUUUCGCAUCCUGAACGUGCACAGCCAGCCCCUGAAGCCGAGUGUAUGGUGCCUGGACGAGCAGUUCCUCGAUUGCCUCUACAAAAUAGCGCCUGUAUUAAGAGAGCCCUAUGUCCCGCCGCGACUAUGGGGUUUUAGUGGUCAUGUGCAAACGGUUUUGCACAGCAUUGUCGGACGAGUGCGUUGCCCGUGGCCUUUGGGAGAGCGGGUCUAUCUCUCCCUGCAAGAUGGCUCCACAUUGACCUACGACCUCUACCAGCCCCUCAACGAGCAAGAGGGUAAGUCCAGCCAUCAGUCAAUCUCCUUUUCAUAUCUUAAACUCUUGUUACCGUAUCUUCCAGAUGAUGUAACCGUGGCGAUUUGUCCCGGCAUAGCCAACAGCUCGGAAUCGGUGUACAUACGAACCUUUGUGCACUUGGCCCAGUGCAAUGGCUAUCGCUGUGCAGUAUUAAAUCACAUUGGAGCCCUGCGCAGUGUCCAGGUGACGUCGACACGCAUUUUUACCUAUGGCCACACCGAGGAUUUCGCCGCCAUGGUGGAGAAUUUGCAUCAGAAGUAUCGUCAGAGUCGUAUCGUGGCGGUAGGAUUUAGCUUGGGCGGAAAUCUGGUUACCAAGUACAUGGGUGAGAUGCAAAAGCUUAAGCCAUUGAGCGUCAUCGGUGGAAUCUCCAUAUGCCAGGGCUACAAUGCUGUAGAGGGCACCAAAUGGUUGCUGAAUUGGCAAAACUUCCGACGCUUCUACCUGUACAUUAUGACGGAGAAUGUGAAGAGUAUUAUUCUGCGACAUCGUCACAUCCUGCUCUCCGAUGAGGUCAAGACGCGUCAUAAUCUGAACGAGCGCGAGAUAAUUGCAGCGGCAACUUUGCCAGAGCUGGACGAAGCCUACACCAGGAAGGUCUAUAAUUUCGCCUCCACUCAGGAGCUGUACAAAUGGAGCUCCUCGCUGUUCUACUUUGACACAAUAGAGAAGCCCAUGAUAUUUAUUAAUGCUAAGGAUGAUCCAUUGAUACCAGAGGAUUUGUUGCUGCCCAUCAAGGAGUUUGCAACCACACGACAGAAUACAGCCUACGUGGAGGUGGCCCAUGGCGGCCAUCUGGGUUUCUACGAGGGCGGUUUCCUCUACCCGAAUCCUGUCACCUGGCUGGAUCGCACACUGGUGGCCAUGGUGGGAUCUCUGGUGAUGAUGCACACAGAUGUGGGCAAGGUGACGCCGGCAUAAACUAACAAAUUGUUAAAAACACAACUAUUAAGUGCUUUUGUGUGAAAGUCGGCUGGCGCUGUCUAAAUGAAUCUUAAUCAAAGGGAGAAACCAAACGGAACCAUAUAGAACUUACAUAUAAUGAUUGAUGAUUGAUCACCAAUGGAAACAGGAAAACCAAAAUUGAUGUAUACUUUUGUAAAGUGCAUUUAAAAGUGAAAAUAAUUUAUUACCAAGAUGUUUUGAAAAGUUUUUAUGGGACAACAUUUUACGUUUUAUGAAAAAGCGAAAAGCCAAGCAUAUAAUGUGUCACCUUAAAUUAUAAUUUAGUUAGUUUAUGCAAGUAACAUGUAUGUACCCAUGUACUUAUAAGCAAAAUUCCUAUUUAUUAGCAUUCUAAUUUGUAAUCCCACAGGGUUUUAACUAUAUUUUUAUAUGCCAAUUGUAUGCAAGACACAAACACAUACCACACAACCCCACGAUAUCCAUGUAUCCAGUAAUUAUAAAUUAUAAGUCCCCUGUCGCACAAGCACAUACCCUCGCACCAUAUGUAUAACAACCAAAUGCCUUAUUGUAGACUUAUUUUAUAUAAGUGUGUAUAUGAUUUUUGAAUUAUUUUGAAUCAUCUUUUACUACGAUGCAUUUCGAGUCAAUGAAAGCAACCAAAAAGAAAAUUCGCCCAACGAUGGCCACGAUUUUUUGUACUUUUUCUGAUCUUUACCAGUUGUUAGUCGCAGACAGGAUUUGUUUGUGUUUACAGUGUUUGCAAGCGGUGUGUGAGCAAUGAUAUAUGCAUAAAUAUAUACAAAUAUGAGUUU